AUGGACCCUCCAAAUCAGAAUGUGAAAAGUGACCAGCUUAAUCCCGGCGUUAAUGUCUUUCGAAAGGAAUCAGCGCUCGCUCAAUAUAUCCCUGGAGGAUACUCGGCUUCAAGAUGCCUAAAACUCAAGGGAAGAUCCAUGUCCUACGCCACUUUUAGCUUUGCAGGAUGUGCAAUCCUUUUUUUCGGAUACGAUACCGCCGUUAUGAGUCAGGUCAAUAAUAAUCUUGAUUACGAACGAGAAAUGGGAGUUGCUGGUGGAAGCGAUCGCGACGCUGCCGCUAUCGGUGGAUUAGUGAGUUUGUGGUUUGGUGGAUUUGCUAUCGGUGCCUUUGUCGUCGGUUAUCUUGCCGACUCGAUCGGCCGUCUGAAGACCAUCCAACUGGGAUGCCUCUGGGGCAUUCUCGGAGCAGCCCUGCUCGCCUCCGCUCAAAACAUCACCUGGCUCUCAUUUGCUCGUGUAAUUAGUGGAAUUGGAUGCGGCCAUUUGAAUACUACUGUUCCCGUGUGGACUUCAGAACUUGCUGAUCCUCAUCUUCGAGGUGCUUUUGUUGCUGUUCAAUUCACCCUCGCAAUGGUGGGAUCGACCAUCGUUUACUGGAUGGAGUUUGCCUGCCUCAAAACGCUCAGCGAGAGCUUCGCCUGGAGAUUCCCGCUCGGCUUCCAGAUUAUAUUUCUUUUAUUCAUUCUCCUAGCUGCCCCAUUCUAUCCUGAGUCCCCUCGUUACUUAGCGAUGAUCGGGAAAAUGAAAGAAGCGCGUUCUGUUCUACGAAGUUGCCGAAUCGAAAGCAACGACGAGGCUGUUGAAAUUGAAAUGCGAGACAUUGAGUAUGCAAUGCGUGUCGAGACAUCCUCUACAUCUGUCAGCUUCUCUAGCAUGCUAUUAAAGAAGGACAAGCUGCACACGCGUCGGAGAGUUAUCCUCGGUGCUGGUAUCCAAGUCAUGCAGAAAUGCACUGGCAUCGAUUUCAUCUCCGUGUAUGCGCCAAAUAUGUUCGCUCUGUCUGGAUUCACAGGCGAUAAGCCUGCCUUGCUUGCUGGUGGUAACUGGUUUGGAUAUGUUGCCGCCCUCGCUCUGUCGAUCUACUUGUGCGAUCACGUUGGCCGGCGCAAAAUGAUGUUGACCGGUUGCACGCUGAUGGGCUUGGUAUUGAUCGUGGGCGGUGUUUUGUCUCAUGAGACAGUAUCCAAUACAAAUACCAAUCCAGAAAAAGCAAACAAAUUUGGGGCUGGUGUUGCAGCGAUAUUGUAUAUCUAUACAUUCAUCUACGGGAGUACAUGGCUCACCACAUGCUGGGUAUAUCCAACGGAGGUAUUUCCACUGGCAAGUCGCAGUAAAGGUGCUGCUCUAGCGACGGUAGCCUUUUCAAUCGCCGGCGGAACUAUAAAUGAGGUCAUCCCUUACCUUAUCAACGCCAUUGGAUUUUGGGUUUUCAUCUUGUUUGCUCUAGUGAACCUAGCCAUGCUCAUUCCGAUUUACCUAUUUUAUAUUGAGACUGCGAAUCGCCCUCUGGAGGAUCUCGACAUUUUAUUUUCAAGCAAAAGCCCGCUAUCAUGGAAGGCCGAACGAGAAUUCAUUGUCAAACUCAACGAGCGAAAUUCCGACAUGGCCCGUAUGGACAUGAAGGGUGAAAAAAUCGAAGUGGAGGAUGCUUAG